AUGAGACUUACUUCCUACAGGAGAGAUUUUACCAAGACCGGUAAAGGUUGCAGUGACCUAGUGAAAACCCACUUCGGCUAUCCAAGGACCCUCGUUUACAGCAAAGGGGUUCCAGUGCCUCGGCCGAUAUUCUCGGCGACUUCCAAGAGGGCUCUGGAAUUGUUAGAUGCCCAAAAUAAAGUUUUAGACACAGAAAAGGCAGCAGAACUCACCUAUGGCCCGAAGAGGUCGCCAAAGAGGGAGAUUCAACUUCCCCGACAUUUGGCCAUGGAUAAAAAGGUUCUGCGGUUUUUUGGAUAUUUCCGGGAAGAGAUCUUCGAUUGGUCGAGAGAAAACUACAGAAUACGGAAGGUGAAGGUUUUAUACUAUUUACAGGAUGAUACGAUGGAGGUGAUUGAACCACAAACACCCAACAGUGGUCUUUUACAGGGCACACUGUUCAAAAGACACGCCUUCCCUCACCCCAGUGGUAAAGGGAGAAAAUAUCUUUGGAAGGACCUCAAUUUGCGAAAGGACAUCAUGGUUUAUGGUAUCAGCAUCCGUCUCACAGACUGUGAUCAAUGGACUAAAGAAUAUCUGAUAGAUGCCGGAAUAGAAUUGAACGAGCCAGAACCUAUUCCACCAGAUCCUCAUGAACAGCAAAAACUCACCAUGGCACCGAGAAAGGAAAUAAGGGCUAUAAGUUUGCAGGAUGAGAAGCUAUACAAAUUCUUGACUAACGAUCGGAAAGUGCUGCGAUUUUAUGGCAUGUGGCAAGAUAUUCUCAAUGAGCCACCAGACAUGAGAAGAGUAAUCGUUCAGUACUACCUAGCGGAUGAUACAAUGGAGGUAUUAGAAGAUCAUGCGCGCAACUGUGGCAGAAUUCCUUUUAAAGUGUUGAUAAGGAAACAAAAAAUACCCGUGGACGCAAAAGAGUUACCAGACAGCUUCCCCACGAGUUAUUUGGAAGUGAAGGAAGACGACAUGACUUGGUUUAAACCAGAAGAUUUGAGGACUGGAAAAGACGUUGUGAUCUUGGGGAAGAAAAUUUUUCUUUAUGAUUGUGAUGAAUUCACUAGACAUUAUUACAAAACUCACUAUGGCAUAGAAGACAUGGAGAGCAUCGCCGUUGCGGAGAAGCCAAAGCCAGCAGUGCCAAGAAUUUUACCGCCACACACUGGAAUAGGAAAUUGGGAAGAUUCACUGCAGAAUUGCUUAUCGUUGGUCCCAAAACCACCCAAAAAAGAUCUGUUGAAGGAACUGCUGUAUGAUGGAGUAAUUUUGCGAUAUAAGGCUGAACUGGCAAGUAUUAAAGACGACAAGAUGCGACGAUUUGUGGUGACAUUCUACCCUUGCGACGACACAAUGGCCAUCACCGAAGAAAGCAUUCCGAACUCGGGCUUCCCGGGUGGUGCUUUUCUCAAAAGAUGCAAAGUACCCAAACCUGAUACAGGCCAGAGUGUCAAGCCCAAAUUCUACACGGCCGAGGACUUCUACAUAGGUGCAGAAAUUCGUGCCAGUGGUAAAUUGUUUAUUCUGACGGACGCCGACAGGUUCGUGUUGACUUUCAUGGAACAACAUCCUGAGAUAUAUCCAAAAGAACUAAUUGAAAUUCAUCGAAAAAGUACUGAAGACGAAAAGAUGAAAUCGGAUAUUGAGAUGAAAGAAAGAAAUGAUCUCGUGCAGAUGAUGAGAGAAGACGUGAUCAAGAAAUUUGGGCUGUCGCCAUAUCCGCUACCUAGCUGCCUAGAACCAGCAUUUGAUUUGCAGUACAGAGAAAAAGUGGAUGAAGAACUAUACAGUGCGAACAUGCCCAUAUCGCCGGAUUUAUUGAGAAAAGCUGUAGACAUUUGCACUGAUAAAAAUAAUAGAACUGAUAUGAAUGAAAUAAGGAAGUUACUACUGCCAGGUUUGGGGCAUGACAUUAGCAAAUGA